AUGGCCGAAACAAUCGGCGAUCAUUACCUGUGCGUGUACCCAUCGGAUACUCCACGAUGCACAUUGAUAAACGUUCAUAUAAUGAUGGUUCGCAAACUCUCCGUAUAUGGUACACUUAUCGUGGAGCCUACGGGCUCGGCGUCCCUGGGUGCGGCAUCGCGAGCUCUCUUCGUGGAGAAGGUGCGAGCUUCAAAUGCGGCGUGCCAAGCCGGGGACUUCGCGACUGCGGUCGCGUUGUAUACCGACGCGUUAACGCUAGAUCCUGCCAACCAUAUACUUUAUAGUAAUAGAUCAGCGGCGAGAUUAAAGCAAGGACAGUUCGCAGCAGCAUUGCAAGAUGCUACGCGCGCUAGGGAGCUCUGCCCCAACUGGCCUAAAGCUUACUAUAGACAAGGUGUGGCUCUUCAGUGCCUUGGCCGACAUGGUGAGGCGCUGGCGGCCUUCAGCUCAGGAUUGGGGGUAGAACCAUCUUCAAGACAACUCCUAGCCGCAUUAGUAGAAGCUUCCCUGAAAUCACCACUUAGGACAACAUUGGAACCGACCUUUAGACAACUAGAAGCUAUGAAAUUGGACCAAUCACCUUUCGUCUUGAUAUCGGUAGUUGGUCAAGAGCUAUUGGCUGCAGGGCAGUACCAGUCGGCAGUCACUGUUUUGGAAGCCGCACUUCGUAUUGGCUCCUGUUCACUCAAAUUACGAGGUUCAGUCUUCAGCGCAUUGUCAUCAGCACAUUGGGCUCUCAGCCAACUUGACGCAGCCAUUAACUAUAUGCAGCAAGAUCUGGCAGUAGCGAAGUCUCUCGGAGACACGGCGGGGGAAUGCCGCGCCCAUGGGAACCUGGGAGCUGCAUAUUUUAGCCAAGGUUCCUACAAAGAUGCUCUUACGGCACACCGUUACCAACUGGUGUUGGCUAUGAAAUGUAAAGAUACACAAGCUGCAGCAGCAGCGCUCACCUCCUUAGGACAUGUCUAUACAGCAAUCGGCGACUACCCAAACGCAUUAGCCAGUCACAAGCAAUGCGUGCAACUUGUAAAACAAAUGGGUGAUCGUCUUCAAGAAGCAAGAGAAAUCGGCAAUGUUGGAGCUGUUUAUCUAGCAAUGGGAGAGUUCGACUCGGCAGUUGACUGUCAUACUCAGCACUUGAGGCUGGCGAGAAGGCUUGGAGAUCAAGUUGAAGAAGCACGGGCGUACUCAAAUUUAGGAUCAUCCUACCACUAUAGACGUAACUUUUCUCAAGCGAUAGCUUACCAUGAGAACGUACUAAGGAUAGCUCAAAACCUCGGCGACAGAGCUAUCGAAGCUCGGGCGUAUGCUGGACUGGGACAUGCUGCCAGGUGCGCCGGUGAUUACGCGCAGGCAAAGAAAUGGCACGAAAGACAAUUGGACGUCGCUCUGGCCGCCAGGGAUAAGGUUGGAGAAGGCAGAGCAUGUUCAAACUUGGGCAUUGUGUACCAACUGUUAGGAGAACACGACGCUGCGUUGAAGCUACAUCAAGCCCAUUUAUCUAUUGCAAGACAAUUACAGGACAAAGCAGGUAUGGGCCGGGCUUACGGUAAUAUAGGAAAUGCAUACUCAGCCGCGGGGUUCUACGAACAGGCCAUCAAGUACCAUAAGCAAGAACUCACGAUAUCCAAGGAAGUUCAUGACAGAAGUUCUGAGGCAUCGACGCAUGGGAACUUGGCAGUGGCGUACCAGGCUUUGGGCGCUCACGAUAUGGCGCUAUUCCAUUACAGAGCUCACUUAGGCAUCGCCCGUGAACUUAAAGACGCUGCUGGUGAAGCAUGUGCACUGCUGAACCUCGGCAACUGUCUCUCAUCACGAGGCGAGUUCGCUCAAGCAGUGCCUUACUACGAGCAACAUUUGAUGCUUUCACAAGAACUCGGUGACGUAACGGCUGAGGCUAAGGCGUGCCACUUUUUGGGCUACGCCCACUACUGUCUAGGAAACUAUAGAGAAGCCGUCCGGUACUACGACCAAGAUCUAUCGCUUGCCAAAGAUCUACAAGAUAAGAUGAAUAUGGGCCGAGCGUACUGUAACCUUGGGUUGGCCCAUUUAGCACUUGGUAACUUGGAAACCGCAUUGGAAUGUCAGAAAUAUUUCCUGGCUAUUGCGCACAUGACACAACAUUUGCAAGGGAAGUUUAGAGCCUUAGGGAAUAUAGGAGAUGUGCUCAUUAAAAUGGGUGAUGUAGAAGAAGCUGUGAAAAUGUAUCAAAGACAGCUUGGAUUUGCGAGACAAGCUCGGGACCGAUCAUUAGAAGCAGCAGCCUGCGGUGCAUUAGGCUUGGCUAGAAGAUUACAAAGAAGGCUCGAUGCUGCCUUAGGACAUCAUACACAAGAAUUAACCCUUCGACAAGAAGCAGGUGAUUCUGCUGGAGAAGCAAGAGCACAUUCACAUCUUGGAGCCGUUUAUAUGGCUCUUGGUCAUUAUUCGCAUGCAGCACGAUGCUAUAGGGAACAAUUAGAGCGAGCCCAAGAGCUGCAAGACUGCGCAUUAGAAGCACAAGCAUACGGGAACCUCGGCAUCGCUAAGCUCAACAUGGGACACUAUGAAGAUGCCAUUGGCUACUUAGAGCAGCAACUAGCAAUCCUAGAACGUGUGAAUACUCCAACUUGUCAACUGGAUAAGGCUAGAGCGCUAGGUUCUCUCGGUGACUGUUAUGACGCGUUAGGAGACCCCGAUGAGGCAGCAAAAUAUCAUGAACAACAUCUUGCUGCAGCGCUGAAGCUAGAUAAUAAAAGGGAACAAGAAAGAGCAUACCGAGGACUUGGGCUUAGUCACAAGUCGGUGGGUAAUCUUCAACAAGCACUCGUAUGUUUAGAAAAGCGAUUGGUUGUGUCGCAUGAACUUGGUGCUCCCGAAGCGAAGGCCCAAGCAUACGGAGAACUUGGAGCACUUCAUAUCGCUCUUAACAACUUGGAGCAAGCGGUGCUGUGUCUAGAUCAUCAAAAGAAUAUUGCAAAAGAGCUAAACAAUCAAAUAAUGGAAGCAGAGGCGUGUCACUCGUUAGGUGUAGCCCAGCAUGCCCUCGGGGAUCACGCGGCCGCCGUGCGACAUCACCGGGCUGAGCUUGAACUAGCGCACAGACUUGCGCUCACGCAUCUACAGGCACGCGCAUGCGGCGGGUUGGGCGCAGCUCAUGCGUCCAUGGGUGCUCAUGCAGAAGCAGCGCGCUGGCACGAGUCGCGCCUGCGUCAUGCUACUGCUGCAGGUGACACUCGAGGAAGAGCUCAGGCCUUGGCCGAUCUUGGUCGCGCUCACUUGGCGAUGGGUGCAUGUGGCAGUGCCGUCUCUUACCUAAGACAGGCACUUGCUGCUACUGAAGGAUUAGCUGAUGCCGAUGAAGAGGCUCGCGUUCGUCACCGGCUUGGUUUUGCACUUUGGGCUUCAGGAGAACUAGAAGAAGCAAAGGAGCAGCUUCAAGCAGCUCUCACUUUACUUGAAACCGGACACGAUAAACAUAGGGACAAAAAAAUAGCAGCAUUAUAUACCUCCACGCAGCAUGCUCUACAAAGAGUUCUUGUUGAACUCGGUCGCCACCCUGAAGCACUGGUUGUAGCUGAAAGAGGACGUUGCCGAUCGCUGGACACUGUCAGUGAAAAACCUCCUGGAGCUCUCAAUCAAGCCAAUCUCGAACUACAUGCUACUCAAAGGUCUUCUGAAGAGACUACUAAAGAACGCCCUGAGCCCUGGAGCCCGUCAACAGUAGAACAAGUGCUUGAAGUUGUGAAUAAGCAGAAGGCUCCUGUGCUGUACUACAGUCUUGCAGCUGGCAGGCUAUAUGCAUGGCUGUUACAGCCACAUAAAGGUAUCUUACGAUUCCAUCAAGUAUCUCUUCUGGAGGAAGCUGAAGAUAGUGACAACAGUCUGCCUGAUAUUAGUCCUGAUGACCUACAACCAAGUAAUGGUGGUCUGGGUAAAUUAGAGCGUUGUAUCAGCGAAUGGUCUGCUUGGCUUAAAACGAAUGCAGAGCGAAGAGACAUUGACGAUCACUGGGACCCUGACGAGAGACCCAACACAGGACUUGCCAGAAUGGUGACCCGCAACCAUCUAUUGAAUUCAUCCAACUACUCAUUGAGUUCACUGUUCAGUGUGGGGUCAGUCGGUGGAUCUGUAGCAGGGUCUGUAGCUAGCCUUCAGGGCUCUACAAGGUCUAGUGUUCAUGGCCCUCGGAAGAAGCAACCAUCCUGGCAGGGUCCUCCUUGCCUCGGUACACUAUACCAGAUGUUGCUAGCACCCUUCGAGGAUCUGCUGCCUGCAUCCUGUAAUAAUAAUCAUGCAUCACAUGGUCGUCGCGGUUGCGGUGGUCGUCGGGAACUCAUAGUGGUGGUCGAGGGGGCCCUAUACGCUUGUCCCUGGGGUGCCUUAAGAAGCGCACCUCCAACACCCGGCACUAUAGCCAGUGUCAAUAACAUUGCUGGUGACGGCGAACCCUUGUGUGAAAGAUAUGCUCUGCUAGCAGCCCCUGCAUUGAGGCCGCUAAGACAUCAUCGACAUAUGAAAGCUAGACCACAUCACGAUCAUGGAUCUUCGACAGCGAACGCUAAUGCGGCCGAAGCAGGAAUGCGCUGCCUCGUGGUCGGUGCGCCCCGUGUAGGGGGAGCGCGGUGGGCAGCGGCGCAUGCGCAGCUCAAAGAAGCUGAACUUGUUGCUGACAUGCUUCGUGUCACACCACUCACUGACUAUCAGGCAUCUAAAGAAGCAGUUUUAUCACAACUACCACAAGCUGAAUGCAUUCAUUUUGCGACUCAUAUCUGCUGGAAGACAGCAGCCAUUGUACUCAGCCCCGGCGAAGUAGUUGACUCACAAGCUAAACGUUUACUUAACACAAGCGUCGGUAGUGGAGCGGCUGAUACCUCCACCGAAAAUGAAGAAGAAAAUUCGGAAUUACCUGCCAGCAACGAAGAACUGCCGCCAGCUUCUGAGUUUAUGUUGACUGCUUCGGAAAUUAUGAACUUGAAGAUAACGGCUAGACUGGUUGUAAUAUCCUGCGCGCCGUCUAGCGGUGCCCUCCAAGACUCCGGCGAAGAUACCGAUGAUGUCAGCAUGGCAGGAGAUGGUGUAUCUCGUCUUUGUCGAGCAUUGCUGGCAGCUGGAGCUCACUCCAUCCUAUUAACAAUGUGGCCCGCACCACAAGAUACUGCCACAAAAAUAUUGUACAGAGCCCUCUACUCUGCACUUCUACAAGGCAGCAGGGUUGCCAAAGCAUUGGGUGACGCGAUGCAGACCGUCCGCCAUACCAAACACUUCGCACAUCCGGCGCAUUGGUCUGGGCUUGUCCUGGUCGGCGCCAACGUCCGCCUCAGUAAUAAAGUUGCUCUCAUGGGUCAAGCGCUGUGCGAGCUGCUGGCGGCACCUGACAAGUGCAGAGAUGCAUUACGCGUUUGUCUUCACUUGGUUGAGAAGUCAUUACAAAGAAUAGUUCGCGGACAGAAGAACGCUAUGUACACCACACAGAAGAGCAUUGAGAACAAGGCAGGAAACGUCAGUGGUUGGAGGGAACUGCUUAUGAGUGUUGGCUUCAGAUUCGAGCCGGCGGCAAAUGGAAUCCCUUCUAGCGUAUUUUUUCCGCAAAGCGAUCCCGAAGAACGAUUGACGCAGUGCUCUGCCAGUUUACAAGCCUUACUUGGAUUAACUUCGACAACACUACAAUCAUUAUCCAAGCUGAUAUCAAACGGUGACGUGGCUGAUGACAUCAUCGGCGUAAUACGUUCAGUUAUUUCGCAGUUCUCUGUUAAGAAUUCAGAUACCGACACUAUUGAAGUUGCAGUAAACGUAAGACUAUGGCGGGUAAAUGGUUGUCACGAGCUACUAGCAUCAUUAGGUUUUGACCUUGCGGAAGUUGGCCAAGACGAAGUCACUCUACGGACUGGUAAAGCAGCCAACAGAAGACACAUACAAUUUGUUCUGCAGGCGUUGCUUGCACUGUUUGAUACACAAGAAGCUCCACGAAGUUUGAGUCUAGAAUCAAGCUCAAGUGUUGAAUCACUAGCAUCAAUAGAUGAUGGGGAUCUCGAACCCCAUUCCGAUGGUGAACCACCACCAAGACAGCAUCGACAAGAAAGCGUGUCUUCAGUACCACCUCCACCGCUGCCUCUAGGCUCGUGCGGAGGAGCUUUUACCAUGUACGUUCGUGGUUCAUCAGCAUCAACAGAAGUAGGUCGGGGUGAGCCUGAUGGACGAACAGCGCCACCGCCCGCUCCACCUCCACCGAGAUACCGAGGGGAGAGUGAUGCUGCUUUCACACCAUCUCCACCUGCUGCACCGCAAGCCCCAACUACAGCUCCACCAAGAGAUGUAUCCUUGGCACUUGCCCAUCAAACUAAAAUCAGAACAUUAUACACUAGAAGGCCACCGUCUGAUGACUCCGACUGGGAAAGUUCUGGCCACGAUACCGUACUAAGGCGUCGACCCGAACACUCACAUGCAAGAUACUUAGAUGCUUUCUACGAUUUGGCUUCCGCCCAACCUAGAAGAUCGGAGGAAGAGAAAGCCGAACCAUCAUUAGCCCAGCCAUCAACAUCCAAACGAACGCCUAGACCAAAAAUGGGUACUAGUAGUAGAGAUUCAAUGGCUCAAGUUCGACAUAUGAGCGGAGAACUAACUCCAACGAUUUCGGAAGUGUAUCAUGAAAGAAAUAUUGGCUUAGGUCUGGCACCACCAUUAGCAGAAUUACUGCUAGCCGAAGAAUCAAAAACUGAAAUGAGAGCAGCCAGUUCAAGUGAAAAUCUUUUACUACAGAACUUGGAGAAGUUAGGUCUUCUGGGUGACGCCAGUGAAAAUGAAGAACGUUGGUGUGGUACUAACUCUUCAAGGCCCUGGCUAUCAGCACCACCUUUAGAGACUGAUGUGCAAGGAUCAGAUUUAACGACAGCAGAGAUUAUAGAACGACAAACGAAAUUUAAAAAGGAUACUGAACCUAAGAGGAAAGAAGAAAACGCAUAUGAACUUAAGCCUAAAGAGGAAACUCCAGGACCAAGUGGUAUCGAGAAGCGUUCAGUAUCGCCAUUCUCUGAAUUAUCGCGAAGAGACGAAGGAGACGGCCGAAGUAUUGCUGACUCACAUUCUUCAUACAAGGCUUUAGUAUUGAGCCCAAGGGCCCCAUACCUACCCGAAGAAGGAGAGGUGACGUUAAGUGCCACAGGGUCAGGUGUUACCGCAGAAGGGGGUAAGACACAUCCUCGCUCCCGUAGGCCGCCUGUACCCCGCACAAGACCUCCGUAUACGACUUUAGACUUUCCACCGAGUAAAUGA